CCGCCUUUCUCCUGCCCGCCCCCUGCGCCGCCCCUUCCGAGGCUAAAUCGGCCGCGUUCCUCUCGGAACGCGCCGCAGAAGGGGUCCUGGUGACGAGUGCCGCGUUCGCUCCCUGAGUCCACUCGACAGCUCGCCGCCCUCUGCCGCCGCACCCUGCACACCCGCCCCUCUUCUGUGCCAGGAACUUGCUACUACCAGCACCAUGCCCUACCAAUAUCCAGCACUGACCCCGGAGCAGAAGAAGGAGCUGUCUGACAUCGCUCACCGCAUUGUGGCACCCGGCAAAGGCAUCCUGGCUGCAGAUGAGUCCACUGGGAGCAUUGCCAAGCGGCUGCAGUCCAUUGGCACCGAGAACACUGAGGAGAACCGGCGCUUCUACCGCCAGCUGCUGCUGACAGCUGACGACCGUGUGAACCCCUGCAUCGGGGGUGUCAUCCUCUUCCAUGAGACACUCUACCAGAAGGCGGAUGAUGGGCGUCCCUUCCCCCAAGUUAUCAAAUCCAAGGGUGGUGUUGUGGGCAUCAAGGUAGACAAGGGCGUGGUCCCUCUGGCAGGGACAAAUGGCGAGACUACCACCCAAGGGUUGGAUGGGCUGUCUGAGCGCUGUGCCCAGUACAAGAAGGAUGGAGCUGACUUCGCCAAGUGGCGUUGUGUGCUGAAGAUUGGGGAACACACCCCCUCAGCCCUUGCCAUCAUGGAAAAUGCCAAUGUCCUGGCCCGUUAUGCCAGCAUCUGCCAGCAGAAUGGCAUUGUGCCCAUUGUGGAGCCUGAGAUCCUCCCUGAUGGGGACCAUGACUUGAAGCGCUGCCAGUAUGUGACCGAGAAAGUGCUGGCUGCUGUCUACAAGGCUCUGAGUGACCACCACAUCUACCUGGAAGGCACCUUGCUGAAGCCCAACAUGGUCACCCCAGGCCACGCUUGCACCCAGAAGUUUUCUCACGAGGAGAUUGCCAUGGCGACCGUCACAGCACUGCGCCGCACAGUGCCCCCUGCUGUCACUGGGAUCACCUUCCUGUCUGGAGGCCAGAGUGAGGAGGAGGCAUCCAUCAACCUCAAUGCCAUUAACAAGUGCCCCCUGCUGAAGCCCUGGGCCCUGACCUUCUCCUACGGCCGGGCCCUGCAGGCCUCUGCCCUGAAGGCCUGGGGCGGAAAGAAGGAGAACCUGAAGGCUGCGCAGGAGGAGUACGUCAAGCGAGCCCUGGUAAGGAUGGGCAGGAGGUGGGCAGGGUGCCUGGGUGGACGGGACUCGGAGAAGAGCCCUUCUCACUCCACCUCUCCCCGCUUAGGCCAACAGCCUCGCCUGUCAAGGAAAGUACACUCCGAGCGGUCAGGCUGGGGCUGCUGCCAGCGAGUCCCUCUUCGUCUCUAACCACGCCUAUUAAGGGGAGGUGUUCCCAGGCUGCCCCCAACACUCCAGGCCCCGCCCCCUCCCACUCUUGAAGAGGGGGCCUCCUCCUCGGGGCUCCAGGCUGGCUUGCCCGCGCUCUUGCCUCCCUCGUGACAGUGGUGUGUGGUGUCAUCUGUGAAUGCUAAGUCCAUCACCCUUUCCAGCACACUGCCAAAUAAACAGCUAUUUAAGGGGGA